UAAUGUGCACCUGAGAUGCAGUUAUUUUUGCUUUCAGCUUUGAUCGACAUGCUUUGGAGUUGUUGGAGCGGAUGCCAACUCUUGACCCAUCUCAGAGGAUAUCUGCAAAAGAUGCACUUGAUGCUGAGUGUUUCUAGUGUGAUCCGUUGCCAUGUGGCCCGAAAAGGUCCUGUGGCUGAAGAUAUGUUCCAUUGGCAAGCGACAAUUAUGGGACCUCCUGAUAGCCCUUAUGCUGGAGGCGUGUUUUUAGUUACAAUUCAUUUUCCACCUGACUAUCCUUUUAAGCCUCCCAAGGUGGCAUUUCGGACCAAGGUUUUUCAUCCAAAUAUUAACAGCAAUGGGAGCAUUUGCCUUGAUAUCCUGAAAGAACAGUGGAGUCCUGCUUUAACUAUUUCAAAGGUCUAUUUUAUGUUUUCUCUGUAGCCUGCUUGUGAACAUAAUUUAUGUUGCUUCUGAACUGUAUAUGCAGAUUUACCAGCCAAUCAUGUGGUUG